AAAAAAAAAAAAAAAGAAAAAGAAAAGAAAAGGGUGUAAUGUCACGACAUGACUACCACUACAGAGCUUCAGAUCCCAGAUCUGACACUCAUUUAGGGAGUACUAGUCCUAAUUAGGGCUUUGUGGUACGAGCAGUAGAUGUCAGUUGCAUCUCUACUCUUUUAGAGAGAGAGAGAGAGAGAGACAAAAACUGUCGGUUUGCAGCGGCAACUGCCAUGGAGUUGAAGAAACAGAAGCUUGUGAGGUUUUAUUCUGAUGGAAAGCAACUAAAAGAUGCUUUAUGGGGAAGAAGUGAUCCCUCGCACCAAGAUAAGUCAUCUUCUGGAUACAAGGUUCCGUCUUCCAUGCUGAAAAAUGAUGGUGGAUUUGUGGGUAGAGGUAAAAUCUCUGGAACUUCCAAAUUUGGAUGGUCUAAGGUUUUUCUGGAGGACCAACAGACGUGGCGCAAGCGUAUACUUGAUCCGGGUGGUGAGAUUGUGUUGCAAUGGAACAGGGUUUUCAUUGUCGCUUGCUUGGUUGCACUUUUCAUCGACCCACUCUAUUUUUACCUGCCUAGUAUAGGGGGGAGUAAGGACUUUUGGUGUGUGAAGACAGACCUCAAUCUGAGAAUCAUAGUCACCUGUUUUCGGACUGUUGCAGAUUUUUUCUAUCUGUUGCAUGUCAUUAUUAAAUUUAGGACGGCUUAUGUAGCACCAAGCUCAAGGGUUUUUGGGAGGGGUGAACUUGUCAUGGACCCCAAGAAGAUUGCAAGAAGAUAUAUAAGAUCGGACUUCUUCAUUGAUUUGAUUGCCACGCUGCCUCUCCCUCAGAUUGUCAUCUGGUUCAUUAUACCGGCAACAAGAAGUCCAAGAGCUGAUCAUAAUAACAAUGCCCUUGCGCUGAUUGUUCUACUCCAAUAUGUUCCCAGGCUAUAUCUGAUUUUCCCAUUAAGUUCCCAAAUUAUUAAAGCAACUGGAGUCGUCACAAAAACAGCUUGGGCAGGGGCUGCAUAUAAUUUGCUAUUGUAUAUGUUGGCUAGCCAUGUUUUAGGGGCAGCAUGGUAUUUGCUGUCAGUUGACCGCUACAUGUCAUGUUGGAAAUCACUUUGCAAAAAGGAAUCUGGCCCUACAAAAUGCUUCCUUAACUAUUUGGAUUGUGAUACAUUUGACCAUGUUGGUCGCAAGACUUGGGCAAAUAGUACAAAUGUGUUUAAGAGUUGUGACCCUGACAAUGAUGGUAUCAGUUUCAACUAUGGCAUAUUUGAGAAUGCAGUCACCAAAAGUGUUGUCUCCUCAAAUUUUCUCGAAAAGUACUUUUAUUGUCUAUGGUGGGGCCUACAGAACUUGAGUUCAUAUGGGCAGAAUUUGUCAACAAGCACAUUUAUUGGAGAAACUUCAUUUGCCAUACUCAUUGCCAUCUUGGGUCUUGUUUUAUUUGCACAUCUGAUUGGGAACAUGCAGACAUACCUGCAAUCUAUAACAGUGAGGCUUGAGGAAUGGAGACUUAAACGAAGAGACACUGAGGAGUGGAUGAGGCAUCGUCAACUCCCUGAAGAUUUAAGACAACGUGUUCGGCGUUUUGUUCAAUAUAAGUGGCUUGCAACUCGAGGAGUAGAUGAAGAAACUAUCCUGCGUGGAUUACCUGCCGAUCUUAGUCGUGAUAUUCAGCGUCACCUAUGCUUGGACCUUGUUCGGCGUGUCCCAUUCUUCUCACAGAUGGAUGAUCAGCUACUUGAUGCAAUAUGCGAGCGUCUAGUCUCAUCGUUAAGCACUGAGGGGACAUAUAUUGUUCGUGAGGGUGACCCUGUGACAGAAAUGCUGUUUAUUAUCAGGGGAAGACUAGAGAGCUCUACUACAAAUGGUGGCCGGACUGGUUUCUUCAAUUCCAUUACAUUGAGACCUGGAGACUUUUGUGGAGAGGAGCUACUGGCAUGGGCUUUGCUUCCAAGAUCCACUGUGAACUUGCCUUCGUCAACUAGGACAGUCAGAGCACUUGUUGAAGUGGAAGCCUUUGCAUUGCGAGCUGAAGAUCUCAAGUUUGUUGCCAAUCAAUUUAGACGCCUCCAUAGCAAGAAGCUACAGCAUACUUUCCGAUUUUAUUCCCACCAUUGGAGAACAUGGGCAGCUUGCUUUAUACAGGCUGCUUGGAGACGGUACAAGAGGAGGAGGAUGGCAAAAGAUCUCACUACAAUGGAGUCCUUCGUUAUGGAUGAUAAUGUGGCUAGUGGAUCUGGGCUAGAGGAGGAACAGGACCAUGAUCUUGUGAGUUCCAGUGAGACAAAACCGAAACUUGGAGUCACAAUAUUGGCUUCAAGAUUUGCUGCAAACACAAGGAAAGGAGCUCAGAAGAUUAAAGGUGUGGGGCUGCCUAAAUUACAGAAACCUGAAGAGCCCGACUUCUCUGCUGAGUCAGAUGACUAAAUUAUUUGGAUUACUAGAGAGAGGUACAUAUCAGCUGCAAAAUGGUGAAACCUAUCAUCGCUUAUGUGCACGAAAACAAUUCCAAUGAGAUCUUGAUGCGCAAACGCAUUCAUUAAGCUCCACUGUGUUAUUCCACCCUGCCAAUAUGGGGGGAAGAAAGGAGGAAGGGGGAUUGUAAUUGCAUUCCUCGCAUAGUUAUGUCCAUUUUUUGUGGGUUUUGCAAGAAUAGAUAGAAUCACUUUUCUGUGCCAUGAAAAUAGAUAGAAUCCGCUUAGUUUGUUUGUGUUUAAA